UGUAGAGUAGUGGACCAGAGCCUGUGUACUACUGAUCCUCCCAUGAGGUCUCUUGAAAACUUUGAACCAGAAAUCUACGAUCACGAGGGCAAGGGAGCAUACAGGUUCCAGUGCCCCAGUGCAGGUCUGUUCCAGUGCAGUAUACCAGGCCUGGUGUUUAGGAUGGAGGGAGAGGGAGAGGUGCUCUAUAGGACAGUCCACUGGGACAUGAGGCUUCUAUCCCAGAGAGGCAAGAGACCUGCAGGACCCCUGUUCAACAUCGACUGCCCUCAGAAGUCGGUCUGUCAACUACACCUCCCACACUGUCAGAUUCAUUCUGAUGGUGGAUGUGACUUCCUGUCUGUUGCCCAUGUGACUGAUGACAACGUGGAGUUUCUCCCUCCCCAUGAGACAACAGACACACAUGUCAUAAUAAACAUCACUGGAUCCUCUGCUUAUGGUGAUGUCACGGAUGAUGAUGCUCCCAUCUCCCCUAUCCAGGGGCUUGUGUUGUUAUUCUACCAACCGUUUCUCUCUGAACAGAGGUCCAUCCUGAAUGUGUUGUUGCUUCCCAGAAAUGUUGUGAUCAGAGAGGUGCAAGAGGAGAGGAAGAGAAGGAAUGGAGACAAAGAAACCUUCGUUGAAACAAAUCCUCACUGCAAUCUAACCCCGAAGAGAGCAUACAUCCUCUCCACAGAUAUUACAGAUGGAUAUAAGAUCACCCCAACAACAGCAGAAUUUAUGGAUUUCCAGGCCUAUGAAAACUACUUCCCCACAUUUCAGUUGUUCUUGCUGACUGUUGUUAAAGAAUUGGAUCUUUUUCUGAAAGAAAAUGGCAGCACUGAACAUGAAUGGGAGAGACGUGUCUGGCUUCCAGGUAACAGACAUUUAGAGCUGAACUCAGAUGAACUCUGACAUGUGGUGUAGGUGGAAGUAGCAUUAGGAAUAGAAGUACAACUACAGGUGCUGCUGUUAUUGAAUGAUGAUGAAAUGUUCUCAUCAGGUCUUCUAUGAUUAUGAUGAUAUGUUCUCAUCAGGUCUUCUAUGAUGAUGAUGAUGAUAUGUUCUCAUCAGGUCUUCUAUGAUUAUGAUGAUGAUAUGUUCUCAUCAGGUCUUCUAUGAUUAUGAUGAUGAUAUGUUCUCAUCAGGUCUUCUAUGA